CAGCAGUCAGUAGAUCCUGAACAAGAAUGUUGCAACAAACACUGAGCUUCAUACAACAGGCAGCCUGUCUGUGCAGCAGAGGCGCAACAAGCCACAGCACAGGAAGAGGAAGGACUAUAGGCUUCAGGAGCUGGCAGCUGGACAUGGACCACUGGUGCUCCUCCUCACCGUUUUGGAUUUAAAUUCAGGCUCUGCGCCCCCUUCCUCCUCCUGCUCCUCCUCCUGAGGUGAGAGCGCAGAGAACAGGUGGAUCCUGUCUGCGUGUCUGUCUGCAGUUUAUUCCCUGCUGCCGCUGUCUUUAUGGGGAACCAGGUGGAGAAACUAACGCAUAUCAAUUACGCGGAGGUGCCAACGUCGGACCCGAACGGAUUCGACCCGGAUGGCGACGGAACGCGGAUCGGCGUCUCCUACAUUUUCUCCAACGACGACGACGAUCAGGAUCAGGACGAGAGUUUGGAUCACUUUCCUCCGGACAGCCGGCCGGUGAACCACGAAGAGAAACCCUUCGAUCCAGAGGACGAGCUGGAGUGCGCCAUCUACUACCGAGACGAGUGCGUCUACGGGAGGAGCUCCGGAGGCGCGUCUCUGUCCCCGGAGAGUCUCCUGGCCAAGUGCCGACCGGGGGACCUGCUGGAGUUCGUGGCCACCGGCCAGUACCCUCACUGGGCCGUUUACGUCGGAGACUUCCAGGUGGUUCAUUUGCACCGAGCCGAGAUCCACAACAACUUUCUAACCGACGUGAGUCAGGGCAGGAAGGGGCGGAUAGUGAACGGCAUGUACAGGCACCGUGCGCUCCCGCCGGAGGUGAUCGUGCGCAACGCCAUGGAUCACGUCGGCACCAGAGACAGAGACCUGUGCUGGAGGAACUCGGAGUGUUUUGCUGCCUGGUGCCGCUUUGGCAGAAGGGAGUUUAAAAUCGGAGGGGAGAUAAGGAUCGGGAAGCAGCCGUACAAGUUAAAACUGCUCUUCUCCGAGAAGAAGAGCCACAUGUUGGAGUUUCAGUGCCUGGAGGACGUGAUCAUGGAGAAGAGGAGGAACGACCAGAUCGGGAAAGAUGCUGUGAUGCAAGAGCUGGCCAACCAUUUGAAUACCACCAAUGACCUCAAAGAGGAGCGCUUUGUGAACUGAUGGAAGUUGUGGGGGAUGAUCUUCAUCUGAAGGGUGAAGGAGAUGUUUUGGCAUGGUGUUAAUUAAUAGAGCAGCUAUGCUCUUAAUAAGGCAGUAGAAAGGUGGUGUCACUGCCAGCCGAUGUGCAGAUGGGAGUUUGUCUUCACAAGUGAAACAUCUCUGAAAUCUGGAGAAGCACUUGCUCUAUUUGCUUUAGAAAGGAAGCUCCCAAGGCAUGAGAAAAUUAUUCAAUACCCUAAUGUCACUGGCAAGUGAAAAAAAUAACCUUAAAUUCUUUCCUCUUGAAUCCCAAGAUUAACUUCAUCUAAUGACUUUGCAGGAGAUCUACUUGCAGUCUAGGGAGAAAAAAAUAAGAAUUAAAUGAUCAUUGAUUAUUUAUUGAAGUGAAUCCUUUCACGCUUGUGAGGAACCCUUAAGUGAUCCGACCGAGUCCUGGAAGUGUUUGGACCCCAGUGAAAACUCAGGUGCUGGAAACUGAUGCAGAGUGAGAGACAACCUGUAGCUUCUAUCACUGUCUCCUCAGUGUUGAGGAUUCCCAUCUGUUGCUUAAAGCCAAUCAUCUCACAGCUUUACCUGUGGACUCUCCUGUUCAUAGCCAUAACUGUGCACCUUUAAUGAUUCAUUACUUUUAACAGUUUAUUUUUCUUAAAAAAAACAAAAACAAACAAUGUUUGUAUGAAGGCUUAUGGAAUAAAUUUAUAUUUGAAGAGUGA